AUGAGUGACAAUGACGAGUUGGCACAGCUUGAAGAAUUAUUGUGUGCUGACCUAAACGAAUUAGAUAAUAAUGACACUAAACAAGUUUCUGUGCGCGAAGUUGAUAUUUUUGAUCCAAGUACUAGUAAUUUAGGAGAUAAAGAAGAAGAAAAAGUCGAUGAAAGUAAACCCGUUAAGAACUCAGCCAUUCAUAAUGGUGAUACUGACUCAUCAGACGAGGAAGAGCAAAGAAAUUACACUGAACGUAAAUACAGUAACUAUGGUACUGAGGUUAAGAAGAUAUUGGAUCAGCAGCAAGAUGAACAGCGGGAUAAGAGGCUUGAUUUUGAAACUAGGUUACGACAAACAAACAUGGAUAUUAAAGUUGCUCAAAGUACUUUUAAAAGCAAGAAACCAAUAGAACAAGUGAAUAAAAAUACAUUUUGUGCUCCUGAAAUUAAGAAACCUAAAGAAAGUGCCGAUAUUUAUACUGAUCCAGUAUUUGGAAUUAGAAUUACAAAGCCAUUGAUAUCAAGCACUGCCCUGCUUGACCGCAUGCAAGGCAGAGAAGCCAUAAACAUGCUAAGAGUGAAAAGGCAUGUUGAAAAUGAAGAUCUUUCUAAAGACUGGGUGAUUGGUGGUGUUAUAGUAAGGAAAAGUGCUGCUAAGAAGUCACAAAAAGGUAAUCAAUUUCUGAUAUGGACCCUCAGUGAUUUGAAAGAUGAUCUCAAAACUGUUUCUAUGUUCUUAUUUCGGAAGGCAUACAAUGAUUUAUGGAAAACACCAGAGGGCACUGUAGUAGCUGUUCUUAACCCUAAUGUAUUAGAUAGGUCACAAAACAGUGCUGAACAAGCUAGUCUCAGUGUUGAGAAUCCUGAUCGUGUCAUGAUUUUAGGAAAAUCAAAAGAUCUAGGUGUAUGCAAAAGUAGAAAGAAAAAUGGUGAACCUUGCACAGCUUUUGUCAACUUAAGCCAAUGUGAUGUGUGCACUUAUCAUGUCAAGCAGGAGUAUCAGAAAUACUCCAGAAGACAGGAGCUUCAGUCAUCUACUAUGGGUAAAGGACUUGUUAAUUUACAAAACAAGGUUUUGGGUAAAAACACAGUUAUUUAUGGUGGGAAAGCUUAUAGUGCUUUGCCAACUGGUAACUCUUCCAAAGUUAAAGAAAGAGACAAUAAUAGAUUGAUGUCACUGAGUGACUAUCAUAAGUCUGAGGGUAAUAAACUUAUGAUGAAUAAGGCACCUCUUGGUGCUGGCUCCAUGAAGAGCAGUGCAAUAUUACACAGCCCCUCAGCUCAGCGAACUAGCGAUAAUGAAAGACUCAAUAAACUAUCUGCUAGUCCAAACACUUCAAAAUCCCAAAAUUUAACAUUGGCAGAAAGAGUAGGAAGUUCACCUAAGCUGAGCAGCAGUGGAACAUUUGGUCUUAAAGGCAGUGGGACUAUAGACUUAAACAUGAGUUAUGGACAAAGGGCUGCAGAAAGAGCUAAGGCAAAUGCUUUUAGGUUGAUCCAACAAAAUGGUGGUCUAUCAAAGGCAGAUCCAAACAACCUUAAAGGCACACAAGCUGGCAAGAAAAGAGCAUUAGAAAAGUUAAAUGGCUCUAGUAGUGAUGAAAAUGAUAACCAGAAGUCUAAAUCUAAUGUAGAAACAAGUUCACAGCCAAAGAAAAUGAAAACUGUAAUGUCAGAGAGGUUCAAGAAAAUUUUAGAAGCAACCUCAGCUCAUCAAAAUUUGAUACAGCAGCAUGAAGAUGAUGAACAAGAAAAAUACUUUAGUAAACUCGAGAAAAAGGAACAGAUGGAAGAAAAAAUGCUGAAUACAUUCAAGCUUGCUUGUAAAGCUGUAAGAUGUGUGAAAUGCAAGUACACUGCAUUUUCAGCUGCACAAAUAUGUAAAGAUGAAAGACAUCCUCUGAAAGUAUUAGACUCAUUCAAGAGGUUCUUCAAGUGUGCUGAUUGUAAUAAUAGAACUGUUUCACUAGAACUUAUUCCUCAACAUUCUUGCAGUAACUGCCGCAGCUCUCGCUGGGUGAAAGCACCAAUGAUGAGAGAAAAGAAUGUUCAGCUGGCUGAGGGCCUGUCUAUUAGGGGUGAAGAAGAGACCUUCAUAGGUGGGCAAGUCACAUCAGGCAAGAAUAUCAAUUUGUUAGUGCCUGAUAGCUAA